CACCUUGCACUUCAGUUUUCUGAGGAACCUGUCUGGCAUUGCAGCUUCCUUAUUUACAGUGCUAUUUCACAGGCUCUCCGUCCAGCUGCUGUUCAUUUGCCCAGAGGCAGCAGAGAAAACUUCCCAGAGAAAUGGACCACAAUCAGGAUGAUGCUCCUCUGGCUGGAAGCCGGGCAGGCAGUGAGGAGGCCCUUGUUACCCAUGCAACACCCGGAGGGGGCUCCAACAGCCGUGCGCUGAAGGUGGCGGGGCUGACCACCCUGGCGGUUCUGCUGCUGGCCAGCCAGGUUUUCACCGCCUACACCGUCUUUAACCAGAAGUCCGAGAUCCACAAGCUGCAGAAGAAUUCAGACAACAUGCGCAGAGACAUAGCCCGCAAAGUCCAGGUGGCUCCGAUGCAGAUGCACAUGCCCAUGAGCAACCUGCCCCUGCUGACGGACUUCGACUCUGAUGACGACUCAAAGACGAGCGAGACAUCCUUGGCUAAGCAGCAGGACACCGCCACUGUUGAUGUGGAGAAGGAGGUGAAGGAUCUCUUGCAGAAUUCCCCGCUGCCCCACUUCAAUGAGACCUUCCUGGCCAACCUGCAGGGCCUGCAGAAGCAGAUGAAUGAGAGCGAAUGGCAGAGCUUUGAGACCUGGAUGCGUUAUUGGCUGAUCUUCCAGAUGGCCCAGGAGAAGCCCCCUGCACCUACACCAGCCGUGACCAUGACCAAGUGCCAGAUGGAGGCGGCUGCAAUUCAAGGCGUGAAGCCCGGUUUCUUCAAGCCCCAGUGUGAUGAGCAGGGCCGCUACAAGCCCAUGCAGUGCUGGCACAGCACCGGCUUCUGCUGGUGCGUGGACAAGAACGGCAACCCCAUCGAGGGCACCAGCAUGCGUGGCAGACCUCAGUGUACAGGCCAAGUGCCUCGCCGCAUGAUGGCUGCCCCCAGGAUGAUGCAGCUGAAGUCUUACAGCAAGGAUGAUGAGAACUAAACCAACGUGGCUGGUUGUCUCUCUUCAUCAGGCAGUCUCAGCAGACACAUCAGUAUCUUCUCACAGGCACCCUUUCUCAGUAAUGCUGUUUGUGAUUCAUUAAUCAGCGCUAUUUAAUCUGUGAAAUUUAGCCUUAUUACUAUUCUCAUUUUCAUGAAAUGAAAUUAACAGAAGCCUGUUACAUUGAGUUCUGUUUUUCUCUUCCUUAAUAGGCUUAGUUUGAGGUAUUUGGUAUAUGGUAUAUGGUAUAUGAUGCGGCAUUUGAGUGUUCAACCUGUGUGACCGUAUACAGCCUUGUGUUGAAGUGAUUUCUUCACAGUGUUGAAUGAGAGAGCUAAAUAAAGUAUGCUGCUUCCCUAACAGCUUAAAACUAAUUGUGAAAUGAAUUUUAAAGCCAGCACUGAAAUAAACCUGAUCAGCUUGAGCAUACCUGAUUAGUUAUGGCGAAUUUGCUCGCUUCUUUUUGGGGUGGUGUAUGUUUAAAGUAUGAGAUUUUGUUUUGUUUUUCUAUCUACUGACAAUGAACUGCAGUCAAUUAACAGAAUAACAAAAUAUGCAUUGUGCUUCGGUGUAGCAGAACAGCUGCCGAUGUUUUGCCGCAGCGCAGGAAUGAGCAGAAAACCCUAUUUAAUAAAUAAGCUUUUUAGCCUCUUG